GCGGCCGCGGCAGGUGCGGCGGGACCCCGCGUGCGGCGCGGUCCUCGGCCGUGCCCGGGAGGUGGCGCUCGCGCGGGGCGGGACGGGGCGCGCGUGGGCUUUCCGGAUGCAGGCCGGUCCGAGCGCCAGCAUGGGAUGGGGAGCCGAUGAGGGCUGCACCCCGCGCCCGCCCAUCCGCGCGCAGCCCGCACCCGCGCGUCGCGUGCUCGCCGUGCUCUUCCUCGGCCUGCUGCUGGACCUCCUGGCCUUCACGCUGCUGCUGCCGCUUCUGCCCGCGCUGCUGGACAGCCACGGCCGCGCGCACGACCCCCUGUACGGCUCCUGGCAGCGCUGGGUGGACUGGUUUGCCACCGCCAUCGGGAUGCCAGCGGAGAAGAGGUACAACAGCGUCCUGUUCGGAGGCCUCAUCGGCUCAGCCUUCUCCCUCCUGCAGUUCCUCUCUGCACCACUCACGGCCGCCUCCGACUGCCUAGGAAGGCGCCCGGUGAUGCUGCUGUCCCUGACGGGUUUGGCCACUUCCUAUGCGGUGUGGGCCACCUCUCGGAGCUUCGCGGCCUUCCUGGCCUCCAGGGUGAUUGGGGGCAUCAGCAAAGGAAACGUGAGCCUCUCCACGGCCAUCGUCGCUGACCUGGGCGCGCCUCCAGCCCGCAGCCAAGGCAUGGCAGUCAUUGGGGUAGCUUUCUCCUUGGCCUUUACACUGGGCCCCAUGCUCGGUGCCUUCCUGACUCUGGAGAUGGCACCCUGGCUCAGCCUACUCUUCGCGGUCUCCGACCUGCUGUUCAUCUUCUGCUUCCUACCAGAGACGCUGCCCCUGGAGAAGCGGGCGUCCUCUGUCACUCUGGGAUUCCACACUGCUGCCGACCUGCUCAGCCCCCUGGCCCUGUUCCACUUUGCAGCCGUGGCUCGCAGCCAGGACCCACCAUCUGAAGACAGACUUGGCAGCCUGCGCCGCCUGGGCCUGGUCUACUUCCUCUACCUCUUCCUGUUCUCAGGCCUGGAGUACACGCUGAGCUUCCUCGCACACCAGCGCUUCCAGUUCAGCAGCCUGCAGCAGGGCAAGAUGUUUUUCUUCAUCGGCCUCACCAUGGCCACCAUACAGGGCGCCUACGCCCGGCGGAUCAGCCCUGGCCAGGAAGUUGCAGCUGUGAAGCAGGCCAUGCUGCUGCUGGUGCCAGCCUUCCUGCUCAUCGGCUGGGGUCACUCGCUCCCCGUGCUGGGCCUAGGACUGCUGCUCUACUCCUUUGCUGCUGCUGUCGUGGUGCCUUGCCUGUCCUCCGUGGUCGCCAGCUAUGGCUCCCCAGGGCAGAAGGGCACGGUCAUGGGGACACUGCGGAGCCUGGGAGCCCUGGCCAGGGCAGCGGGGCCCAUGGUGGCUGCCUCAGUGUAUUGGCUGGCUGGAGCCCAGGUCUGCUUCACCGUAUGCGCUGUGCUCUUCCUGCUCCCUUUUCUCCUCCUGCGGCAGCUGAGACAUCCUGCACAGGCGCUCAAGGCUGAGUAGCAGAGCUACCAUCCCCCACUGGGCUGCAGGUCCCUAGGUGCAAACCUGGGCCAGGACCAGGACCAGGACCACUUCCCCUCCUAGCCCAGGGAUGCCUGUCCCCUCAUGCACCCCAUCAGGAACUCUGCGCAGCUUCCCUCGGUGGCCUAGCCCUGUCUUCUUACUCCUUGAGACAUGUAGACAGGGUUGGUGACUCCAAAGCCAUCAAGGCUUCUGUUUCUUCUUCAGUGCCACGAGCCAUGGGCCGUGCUUCUGAAUGACAAAUAAAGCAGCUGUUUUCUA